UUAGCGGGACAACUCUCACAAAUAACCGAACUCAAAAUUCAGAUUUAUUUUCGGCCCGAAUCCCAAAUCGUCCGCCGUCGUCUUCCACCGGUAUCCAACUUCCCGGCGAAAUCCUCGCCACGGUUUUUCACCCUCACCAUAUCUUCCGGCGAGAUCGAACUAAGCUGAGAUUCUCGAGCAUUGGGUGAAAAAGAAAAAAAAAUGAAGGCUUCAUUGGGGAAUGCUACAAGAAAAAAACUAGCUGAUAUUAGCAACAUACCACAAGAAAUGCAAUUCAAUAACCAAAAUGAGAAGUCAGAACGUAUAUCAAUUUGUUCAAAAGAGUUCGUAGACAAGGUCCAGAAGGAGAAUGAGGCGUUGAUGAGGAUAAUAGUAGAAAAAAAAAAAAUCAUUGAAAUAGCUGGAGCGGAGAUACAGAAGAUGAGAAUUAAUCUACAGAAAAUGCAGCAACAGAAUCAUGAACUUGCGAAGUCAAAUAGUCAAAUGCUUGCGGAACUAAAUUCAGCUAAAGAUAGGCUCAAAUCUGUACAGCAUGAGCUUGGAUGUAAAAAUGGUGUACUUAAAGCUAAAGAGCUUGAAGCAGAGGAGAUAACAAAACAAAAAAUGCGCCAGCAGUUGAAUGAUGAGGUGAAACCCAUCAAGUGUGAAGAGAUGGGGGAUUCCCCUUUGGGAAAUGGCGAUAAUGAUAGACCUGCAAAAAUCAAAAGGAAGCCUCAGGCAAAGAGACAUGUUGGUUUGGGCUCUUCUACGCAAGUGCCACCCCAGGAUAUGGCUGAAAAUAAAAGGCCUUGUGUAAGAAGGCAGUCUGCUCGGUUUAAACGUGAAGCAUCUCAACAUACAACAACAACAACAUCUACACCUCAAUCCCAAGCAACGAAGCCAGAGGAAGAUUAUUUUGAGGCAGAAGACAAAUGCCCACCAAUGGUUAAUCUAGUCGAGCAAAAUGGUUCUGACUUAGAAAAUAAUUCUGCAUUGAGGUUUGAAUCUAUAGAGUUUGGACGAUCAUCUUUGAGUAGACCACUCAGGCAUGCAGCUAAAAAGGUGCAGUCUUACAAGGAAGUUCCGUUGAACAUAAAAAUGCGCAGGCCAGUAUGAAUAACCAUCAUCAUUUGUUCUGACCUAUUUGCUGUAGGGGCUAUUGCUGAGUGAUAAAAUGCCUAAUGGCAUCUUUUGAUAGGUUGUCUUUAGUAUCUUUUGUUGAACCUUUUAGGCUUUUGCUAUAGAGGUAUGCUGAACGAUAAAAUGUUCCAAUUUUAAUUUCGUCCCAGUGCAAACAUGUCUUGACAAGCGUGUUUCCUGAGUAAAUGUUUUUUUAAUCAAUAUCUUGCCUACUGUAAAUACUGAUUAAAUGCAUCUUCUACUGUGUUUGAUUACUGAUGAAAUUAGUUUGAGCCAUUUACUUCA